AUGCCACCGGCAGGCAUCUGCUAUGAGAGGUUUCGCCGACUAAACCCUCCGACCUUUGAGGGUGGGCCUGACCCUAUGGCAGCAGAAGCAUGGAUCCGGGAAAUAGAGAAGAUGUUCCGAGCUCUUCUUUUCCCCGAUGAGGUGAAGGUCCGGCUGGCGGCCUCUAUGCUGACAGGAAACGCCGAAUACUGGUGGACGGCCAUGGAGACGGCUUAUGCCGUUGACGGACUUACAUGGAGGGACUUCAAGAGGUUGUUUUACAACCAAUAUUUUUCGGAUUCAGUCAACCAGUCUAAGCAGAAUGAAUUCUUGGCGCUGACCCAGACCGACCGGAUGUCUGUUCUGGAGUAUGCCAAUAAAUUCAACGAGCUGGGACGAUUUUGCCCCUAG